AAUAUUUAAAAGAUGCUUCCAAGAAGAUGAAAAGUGGGCUUAUGUUUGUAAAACUGGUUAACCCAUGUUCAGGGGAAGGAGCCCUUUACUUAUUCAAUAUGUGUCUACAACAGCUGUUUGAAAUAAAAGUUUUCAAGGAAAAACACCAUUCUUGGUUUAUAAAUCAAUCAGUUCAAUCAGGAGGUCUUCUCCAUUUUGUCACACCCAUGGACCCUCUAUUUCUGCUCCUCCACUACCUUAUAAAGGCUGAUAAAGAGGGAAAGUUUCAGCCUCUAGAUCAAGUUGUGGUGGAUGAUAUGUUUCCGAAUUGCAUCCUGUUGCUGAAACUUCCUGAACUUGAGAAGUUACUUCAACAUGUGACAGAGGGAAAAGAAAUAGGCAAAAAGAAAUAUUACAAGUACAGCAAAGAGAAGACAUUAAAGUGGCUGGAAAAAAAGGUUAAUCAGACUGUGGCAGCAUUAAAAACCAAUAACAUAAAUGUUGGUGCCCGGGUACAGUCAACUGCAUUUUUCUCCGGUCACCAGAUUUCCAGUGACAAGGAAGAGGACUAUAUUCGUUAUGCCCAUGGCCUGAUAUCUGAUUACAUCACUAAAGAAUUAAGUGAUGACUUAUCUAAAUAUUUAAAGCUUCCAGAAGAUCCCGCUUCAUUGCCAAAACCUCCAUCAAAGGUGGCAGCACAAAGACAGAAAAGGAACAAGUGACAGCAAGUUCACUCAAGGCUCGGCUGCUUCGCGUGUAAUUUAAGACUCUCCCAAAGGGCUACAGCUUUUACUUCUGCACUUUCUAGAAAAUCACCAGAUGCCAAACGUGUACAUUAAAGACCUAACCACAAAUGCUCUAUUUCUUUGAUCAACUGCAUGGUUAGGUAGGCAGUGGCACUCUCAGAGUGUGAGCCUGUCUGUAAUCUUAGAAAUUUAAGCCACAUCACCCCUCUGCCCCAGACCUGUCCCAUAAAGGUGUGGAUUUUUACAGUACAGUACUUCAGACUUCAAAAUAUUGGGAGAAGAAGGCUUAUUGUGAAAUUCAGGUCAUUUCUUAAGCCUGACCACCUUGGCCUGUUCUGCUUUCUUGGGCUUAGGCGAGCAUGUGGUGGAUGUGUGGUGACCAUGUGUGACCAUGCAUACCUGGUGAUUGUAAGUGCUAGAUUCUAUACUAAAAGCUUUGAUGAACUGAUUUUCUAUCCUUAUUUUUUUAAAUGGCUGCUUGUAAUUCAUAACAAUACCUGAACAUGUGCAUUUUAUUACCUGCUGGAGUUAUAAACAUUGCUUCAUUUUUAAAAGAUUUAUCCAAUAUGUGUAUUAUUACUUUUUAGAGUGAGGGCAUAAGAUAUGGGGGAAAGUUGGAAGUAGAUACCAAAAAGUAAUUUAGUGUGGGGAGUUCUGACACAUAGUGAACAUGUAUUAGGGGGUAGUGGGGGGUGGGGGUUGUGCAAACAUGUUCAGGGGUUUGAGCUGGCUCAUCCACUUGACAUGCAAGAGGAAUGGAGUAGAAGCCGUGCCGGUGAUCGUCCUGCAUUCAAACGGGAUCCCAAACCUCUUCUUCAGGAAAUAAUUUUUGUUUCUGAUUAUUCACACCAUCAGGUGGUAGAACCUGGUUCUGGAAAGUACUCUGUAGUUUUUUUACACACCUCCUUUCACACAUAGAAAUUUUUAAUCUGGAGGGACUUUUAACAUUCCGUGCUUCUAUAGUUGAUAAGUGAAUUCUCCUCUCUGAAAACCCAAUUCUAGGAAAUCAGUUGUGGAAUUCAGGAUAUAUUACAGGCUUUCAAGAGGGAGCGCUCCCCAGAAAUUACCUGUUUCAAAUCCAGGCCAUUUGCGUAUCAAAAGCCUGACACAUAGUUCUAUAUACAGAUGUGGAGUUAAAAUGUGGCUUGUUCUGUCUUCACCUUGCACAGUCCCAAACACUGCCCUUGCAGGUGUCUGUAUAUUUUGGCCCAAAGCAACUGCCAACACUGGAGUUUUCCUGCUCAGUAUGUGGUGUGUCCGUAAGCAAAUUGGUCAGCCUCUCAGGACCACAUCUCAGGCAAGAGAGCUGCUAGUGUGAUAGCUGUCCCUUAUCUCCCUCCUCCAGGAGGACUUAACUCUGGGAAACCCCGGUGUGACACCAUGCUCCCACAUGUUUGAGGCUCCCCCAGUUUGAGGAGGGCUUGCUGGGACAGUCCUGCAUCUUCUACAGGCUCCAUUUAUCAACGAUGUCAGCCCUCUGCCUGCCUCUCUCUAAUGUUAGGAUUCUCCCAUGAUAAACACGUACUACUAUUAUGUUAAUACAGAAAAAUAGUUAAUUUAUGUCAUUAGUUUUUCUCAAAAUUAUAAUUUAAAAAAGUCUUACUUCUCAUUUAGUAAGUUUCUUAGAGGAAGAAUCUAUGUUUUACUGUUCUGUGCUUGGUAUUCAAGCAGAUGCUGACCAAGUACUACCAGUAAUCAAGUAAUUGUUCUUCUGUCCUCAGACACUUAAAGGUUCCAGACCCCUGCUGUUGAUUCCUUGACUUCCCUUUCCUGGUCAAAAAUAUGUGUUUUGCUUUAAAUUGUGUGUGUUUGACAUGAGUAUAAAUGGUGAAGUUAAUUAAUUUUGCUUUGAAGAUUUACUAAGAGCCUUAGAGAUCAUUGCAAAUGCUCUGGGGUAUUUCACCACCAUACCUGAGAAGUACUGUUCCUAUAAAACUCAGGUGAGACAAAAAGCAGGACUGAAGGAAGAGAGCAGGAAAUAAAGUUUCACAUUUGUUACUA